AUGUUUAACUGUCCAUAUCAGAAUUGUAAAAGAACCUUUUCACGCCAUGCUGCUCUUCGUGAACAUACAAAAUCUCAUAAAGGUCAGGCCUAUUGGGAAAUAUUAAACAGUGUUUCGGAAGAUUCUUGUAUAGAAAAAGUAGAGUGUUCCAGAGAAUUUGUGAUAACGGAUAAUGUAGAUGAACGUGAAUACAAUGUAGAUAACGAUCAUAAUGUAGAUGAUGAUAACAAUGCCAUUAUGGAAAUUGUAAAUGAAGAUGUUGUCAAUGAAAAUAUUGCUGAUGAAAGUGUUGUAGACAGAAGUGUCAUAGAUGAAAACAUUAUGGAUAGAGGUAUUAUGGAUGAAAGUGAUAGUGAUACUGAUUUUGAAACAUCUGAAACCAUCAUCGAUAUUGAGGAAGAGCCAGUUUAUGAUCAUAUUCAUAACUACACUUUAUAUACUCCUUAA